AUGGAUGAUUCGGACCUCUACGGCGCGCUCCUCUUCCUCAUCCUCUACGGCACCUUCCUCGCGCUCAGCGGCAAGUUCUUCUACGGCUACAUCUACGGCAUCGCGCUGUUCGGGUCGUUGGCGCUGCAUCUGAUCUUCAGUCUGAUGACGCCGAGUGAAGGAGACCGCGACCAUCACCAUCAUUCCCAGCCUGGUGUCGGACAGAAUCCGGGUGUCGGCGGCGGCGGCGGCGGGGCUAUGGCAGGCGUGGGCGGAGGACAUUUCUCCAGCACGCUCACCUACUCCCGCAGCGCGAGCGUGUUGGGCUAUUGUUUCCUGCCGCUGGUGCUGACGGCGUUGUUUGGCAUUCUGUUUUCCAUGGAUACCCUGUUUGGCUAUGUACUCACGUCGAUGGCGGUGGGUUGGUGCACGUUCAGCAGCAGUGGUAUGUUUGUUUCUGUGGGCAGGAUGAGGGGCAUGAGGGGCUUGGUGGCGUAUCCAUUGGGCUUGUUUUAUGUCGGGUUUGGGAUUAUGGGUUAUGUCGUGUUUGGGAUUAUGGGCAUCUUUUCGAGUAGGGGCGGUGGUGGUGGGCCGGGUGGCGGGUGUUGCAGGGGAAGGUGUUGUGAUGAUAGCGCAGGGGAGGGAUGGUAUUGCAUGGGAGAAGAACGCAGAAGUUGGAGGUAA